GUAAUCGAUUUCGUCGUCUAUUUACGAGACGAACAGCCAACAUCAAUUCUGAUUGCACUGUUUGCGAAUUUGAGCGGCUCUGGCGUCUGGGAUAUUAUGCUAUUUCAAAGUAUUCGAACUGACGUUGCUCUCUCGAACAAUCAAAGAGGAUGCAGGGACCGCCUUAAUUCUGCCCUCGAAAUGUGACAAAUCGACUCACCGCCCUAGCCUCGUCGGCCUGUCGACCAACAAGGUACAACAACCCCCCCCCAUGGAACCUGCGUCAUCAGAAAUCGCAUCGUUUGCCUCAGCAAACUUCGGAGCUCCCCAGGCACCAGCCAACCUUCCCGAUCUCUCUGGGACCUCCCGUGAUGGUUAGGGAGUGUUGCCUCAGCUUUUAAUUCAUCAAUCAUCGAACCUCAUAACCCCGCCGAACAUUCUACAACCCCGCAGUACCUACGAUUAUCACGAAACAAAAGAUGGCCAGCUCUUCGGCCGAGGCAGCGAUGCCGAUGAGCAUUGCAGAAAUUGCUGCGCGCGCCCAGGACUUCGAAUAUAAUCCUUAUAUCAAGCUCAAAGUCUGGUUGAGGACUGCUGAGCUGUUACUGCGCGAGGCCCAGAUUUACCAAGACGAAGGCAAUAUUCAACAAGCUUAUAUGCUCCUUAUGCGAUUCGUUACCUUGGUCGCCGAAAAACUCUCUGCCCACCCCGACAGCAAAGACCCCGCGAAUAGAAGGGCGCUGAAGUUGAUGAUCAAGUCCAUACCCGACGCAGUAGAUCGACUAGAGAUGCUUAAACCGAAGAUUGUCGCUCGAUAUGACGCUUGGCAAACCGCGCAUGAAGGACGGAAUAAACCUGCGGCAGAUUUACGGGAUGGCCAGGGACCCGGGUCUAUGAGGCGACUCUCAAAGUACGCGGAAGCGGACCCUGCGAUUGCUGGAAGAGCGAAAACCCUGGAGGCAUCUGAGCACAGCGGCCUUGCUGUCAAACUUGCACACAAGGAAAUUCGGAGACGAGACGACAUUCGGAGAACGACUCGGCAGGGCGACGACAGAGAUCAGAUGGGUUACGAGGGGGGUGACGACGGCGUCGAUCUGCAACGCCGCAUGGAGGAUACCAGGAGGAGGAUGGAUUCCAGAGAUCGAGACACGGACGGAACACGAAAGAAGCUCACGAAAUUGCACCCAUCAGCAAGCGAGCCAAGUUCAUCGGCGCCGCGUAGCAGCGAAUACAGAUACCCUUCAAUUGCCAAGUCAAGGCCGUUUAAGUACGAAGACAACAAGCCUGCGGAGAUCGAGAGGAAUUUCGGCAGAGAAUCCGCCCCUCCUAUCCCUUCAAAGCAAGUAAUCAAAACCACGAUAUCAUAUGAGUCCCCAGCUCCGUUGCGGCCAGCGAAGCUUCUCAAGGAAGCUCCACCAAGCUCCACCCCUUCUCCUGUCGACGACCCCUCCGCAUACACGUUCAAACCAUCAGCCUACCUCGAAAACGGCUCACCCCUCCGAACCCUAUUUCUUCCUACCACGCUCCGCGAGUCAUUCCUAUCUAUCGCUCGUCCCAAUACCCAAGCGAAUCUCGAGACCUGCGGCAUCCUGUGCGGGACCCUCAUCUCAAAUGCACUUUUCAUUUCACGAUUGGUGAUACCCGAGCAAGAGAGCACCUCUGACACUUGCGAAACGACGAACGAAGGUGCGCUGUUCGACUACUGCGACAAGGAGGAUCUGAUGGUCUUGGGAUGGAUCCAUACGCACCCGUCUCAAACGUGCUUUAUGAGCAGCAGGGACCUGCACACACAUUGCGGGUAUCAAGUGAUGAUGCCGGAGAGUAUCGCGAUUGUGUGUGCGCCGAGCAAGAGUCCCUCUUGGGGCGUUUUCCGCAUGACUGACCCCCCAGGCAUGAAAUCGGUGCUUAACUGUAGACAGACCGGGCUAUUCCACCCACACCCGGAGCCUAACAUCUACACCGAUGCGAUGAGGCCAGGGCAUGUUUUCGAGACGCCAGGACUGGAAUUUAAGGUCGUGGAUUUGAGGCCCUAGGCAGAGAUAGUGGUGGGGUAGACUAAGACAUGGCAUUAAAUGGCUGGAGCAUAGCAGAGCGUUGGCGUCUUGGGCGAUGAAGCAUGGGCUAGACACGGCGUUCAAUCUGCCAACUGGCAACCAGGCAUUGUAGUUAUUUGCUUCAGGGAGACAAUGGUACAUCUUUCCAUAUCUCAAAAGUCGAAUACAAUCUUGUGAUACAAGCUGGCCCCUCUGCCUCUACCCGUUACCACGUCAGCCCCACUAUAUGUAUAUCCUUUAACCCCAAC